AGAAUCUACAUCUGACAACUGCUCGAUUGGGUAGUUGGGAAUUAUUGAGAAUUGCCCUGCUGUCACGUAAACGUCAUCAAAAGUAAAAUAAAAAAUAUUGCCGGUGUGAAAACGUGAGACCAUCCCUGCUUGUUUGCGCAAGUAAUAAUUGUAAAGUGGCGUUGAAUGUGAAUUCGGGGUUUCCUCGAGCUUCAACUGUUGGUGACCAUUGUUCCAACGGAUGGUGCGGGAUUCCAUACGUAAAUGUCCACUCAGUUUUUUCUCAACUUCCUCAGUAGAUUAGUGCCUCCUAGAGUUGGCGGUCCCGUUGCAGUGCGACACAUUUUCACCCUAGUACCUCCUGGUAGCAUUCAAUUUAUCAGCUGUUCGUCCGCGCAAAAAUUAGUUACUAAACUACAGAACCCUCAGCAUCACGAACGAAAUUCGAUAUCGGCACAUCGACGUCUGUACGCGGCAAAAGCGAUCCACCAGAGCGAAACAUCGACAAAGCCUUUCAAUUGGGGUUCGAACAAAAAGCACCGGGACGUGAAGCUUCGCCUCCAGCUGUUGGAAAACAUGACUGACCCAAAGAUUGAAGAACAGUUGGCGCCUUUGCGCGAAGCUGUAAAAGAGCAGGGAGACUUGGUUCGCAAGCUGAAAAGUGAAGGUGCGCCAGAAAUCGACGUGAAAAAAGCGGUCAACGAGCUCAAAGCGCGCAAAAAAGUGCUGGAGGAUCGCGAACUAAGUCUAGCGCCUCAAGUCGCCAGUUUCGAUCGGGCACGCAUGGAAGACCUUCUGAAACGGCGCUUCUUUUACGAUCAAAGUUUUGCCAUUUACGGUGGCAUCACGGGCCAAUAUGACUUCGGUCCGAUGGGCUGUGCGUUGAAAUCAAACAUGAUUAACACGUGGCGGCAAUUUUUCGUGCUCGAAGAACAGAUGCUCGAGGUGGACUGUUCGAUCUUAACACCGGAGCCGGUUCUGAAAGCGUCGGGGCAUGUGGACCGCUUUGCCGAUCUUAUGACGAAGGACGUGAAAAAUGGCGAAUGUUUCCGAUUAGAUCAUUUGAUUAAGAAUCAUCUGGAGAAAUUGGCAGCUGCCAAGGAUGCCACGGCUGAGUUGAAGGACGAGUGCACGGAUAUCGUGAUCAAGCUGGACGGUAUGACGAAGGACGAGAUGGCAGCCAUCAUGCGGAAGUACAGCAUGAAAUCACCCAUCACUGGCAACGAUCUAACGGAGCCCAUUGAGUUCAAUCUGAUGUUCGGCACACAGAUCGGUCCAACAGGCUUAGUUAAAGGUUUCCUGCGUCCCGAAACGGCUCAGGGCAUUUUCGUGAACUUUAAGCGUCUGCUCGAGUUCAAUCAAGGCCGCUUACCGUUUGCUGCUGCUCAAAUCGGCAACAGCUUCCGCAACGAAAUUUCACCCCGUUCCGGGUUGAUUCGUGUGCGUGAGUUCACGAUGUGCGAAAUAGAGCACUUCUGCGAUCCUCUAGCGAAAGAUCAUCCGAAGUUUGAGAAUGUUGCGGACACGUUAAUGACGCUUUAUUCCGCAUGCAACCAAAUGGAUGGAAAGAGUGCGCAGCAGAUCCGUAUCGGGGAUGCGGUUGCCAGUGGACUGGUAGCAAACGAAACACUUGGCUACUUUAUGGCGCGCAUUCAAAUGUUCCUGCAUCGUAUCGGAAUUUUGCCGGAUCGGUUACGCUUCCGUCAACAUAUGGGCAACGAGAUGGCACAUUAUGCGUGCGAUUGCUGGGAUGCGGAAUGUUUAACAAGCUACGGAUGGAUCGAAUGUGUCGGUUGUGCCGAUCGGUCUGCGUACGAUCUGACUCAACACACGAACGCAACCGGUGUAAAGUUGGUCGCCGAGAAGAAAUUGCCCGCACCCAAAACCAUUGAGGUGACCGAGGUAGUGCCGAACAAGGCCGCAAUAGGAAAGGCAUUUAAAAAGGACGCCAAAGCCAUCACGGAAGCGCUGGCAAAACUUAGCCUCGGAGAAGUUGUGACUAUUGGAAAGAAUCUUGAUGAAAAUGGCGCACACACGCUGGGUAUCAAUGGGACCGAUGUGCAGCUAACCAAUGAUCUGAUUGCCGUUAAAACUACCUCGAAAACGGUACACGUGGAGGAAAUUACUCCAAGCGUAAUCGAGCCUUCGUUUGGCAUUGGACGCAUCAUGUAUUCGCUGCUGGAGCACAGCUUCCGGAUGCGAGACGGGGAUGAGCAGCGCAGUUACUUCUCGUUGCCACCAGUAGUGGCUCCAUUAAAAUGUUCGGUUCUUCCGCUGAGUAACAAUACCGAGUUUGCUCCGUUCGUGAAGAAGAUUUCGAUGGCUUUAACAUCCGUAGACGUGUCGCACAAGGUGGACGAUUCUAGUGGAUCGAUCGGUCGUCGUUAUGCGCGUACGGAUGAGAUUGCAAUUCCGUACGGUAUAACGAUUGAUUUUGAUACGCUGAAGGAACCGCACACAGUGACGCUCCGCGAACGAGACUCGAUGAAGCAAGUUCGCAUUGGGUUGGAUGUAGUGGCGAGCACGAUCCGCGAUUUGGCUACCGGACGUAACAGCUGGUCCGAGGUGGAACAGAAGUAUCCACGUUUUGAGCAGCAAGAAGCGACCGCCAAGUAAAGCAAAAUACAAGCUGAAGUAUGCAUUUGAAAACGAAAAUGACACUAAAAGCUUAAGAAAAAAAAUCGCCUUUCUCGCGCGCAGUGGUGAUUAUUGGAGAUUUGAAAAUAUUUAAUUUACAUCAUGCUUUAAUUAUUAAGCCGAGGUACAGUUUCGUUCACGCAGUAUGUAUGCGCCGCAGAAAUUACACUUAAAAUAAAGUUUUGUUCUUAAUUCCUCA